AUGCCAGGAAGACACUGGGGCAGUGGUGAUGGACACACCCACUGCAUAUGCCAGAUAUUUGUAGAGACGUUCCUGUGCACCACCACCAAUGUAGGCAUUCAGGGUUUCCAGGAGGGGAAGGUGGCCAAUCUGACUGCCAGAGGGGGCCAGUCCAUCCACUGCAGCCUGGGCAUGCUGCAGGUAUUCUACCACCUCAGCAUGUGGAAAUUGACCCUUACCCACAGCUGCAAUGCACCCUGGACCAACAAUUGGCUGGUAAGCAGAGGAUAUGACAUGGCGAAGAGCCAAGGACUUUCACUGUUUGGACAGCAUGUAAUGAAGGAGACCAACUACCCUGGCAUAGUCAUCAACUUGAUCCACGUGUCUGUGGCCACUAUGAAGGCUGCUCUACUGCUGUCCAAAAUCUCAGUCAUUUGCAUCCACUCCUCUGCCUACAGCCUGUGUGCAAACCAGUGCAAUCUGCCUGAUGAUGUACCACAGCUGGUGCAGGAAACAGGCAGACUGGUGGUGGUGAACUUCUACAGAGACCACAUUUCCUGCAAAGAGGAUGCCAGCCUAUACCAUGUAGCUAACCACCUGAACCACAUCAAAGAGAUAGCAGUAACUGGAAUAAUGGGCUGUGAUGGAGACUUUGAUGGUGUUUCCAUCCUCACCAUUCCAUUUUGUUUUAUCUCAGAAGGAUGCUGA